UCAGGUGGUCACAAACUUUAGUCCAUGUAAUGUACUACAGAUCAAAGGUUAAAGAAAAAAAGCUAUAAAGUGUAUGAAAGAGUAGAUAUGUGUAUGGAUAUGUAUAUAGAUAUAUAUUUCACAAAUCCAGCUGCACUUUGUUAACAAGACUAUGGACAGUGAAUGUGUGUGUGUGUGUGUGUGUGUACAGUAUAAUAAGCAUUUUAGUGCAGGAUUUCCUGGUGCACAUUUUCUCCCAAUGACUCCAUCCCGCGUUUUCAGCCUCUCCCUUAAAACCCCUCCGAAGCGUUGGAUGCAAAAAAAAAAAAGAAAAAAGGGAAAGACAGCAGCUCAGGGAAAGGCGUGCAGGAAUCAGGAGGAGGAGAGAGGAGUCUUUCAUUGGGGUGUGGGGGGGGGACCGCCGCCUCCAGCGCAGCGCAGCGCACCAGCGCACUCCAUCCUGAUGUGAUGAAGUGAGAUGGGAGAAGCCAUGGAGGCCUGGAUGGUGGAUCUAUGGAGUUUGGCUUGAAUUUACCCCGCUGUUUUUUCACAUUUCGGAUUAGGUUGGUGGUGGUGGUGGUGUUGGAGGAGGACAGGAGGAGUGCAGAGCUGGGUCGGAUUUGGCCAACAUGCCGUUCGCCAAGCGGAUCGUGGAGCCGCAGCUGCUGUGCAGACACGCCGUGCCCAACGACGAGGGCUUGCUGUUCGAGGACCUGCGCUCCAUCAGCAACGUGGCGCUGGCGCGCAGCCUCCGCCAGCUCGCCGACUUGGCCAGGCACGCGUGCUCCAUCUUCCAGGAGCUCGAGGACGACGUGGUCGCCACGGGCCAACGCGUGCGCCUUCUCCAGGGCAAAAUAGGCCACAUGCAGCAGACCGCCGGCGCGCUCGAUCCCAAACUCGAAGCCGUGCCCGUGUCAAAUCUGGACAUCGAAAGCAAGUUAACUUCGCACUAUCAGGCCCCAUGGCACCAGCAGCACAACCUGUUUCACCCCAGCACACGGUUGCCAUGUUUGGAAGAGCUGCACCGCCAUGCCCAGUUCAGUCUACGGGCACUGCACAGAGAGCAGUGUCAGCGUUCAACCAGCAGAGAGCGCAAUCGGGUCACCAUAUCCAUCUCGGUGGCCCCGCCCAUGCCCGCAUUCCCCUCCCCUCACUCCCUCAGGAGGCAGGACCAGAGAAGUCGACACUCACGAAUGCUGGACAGAGCUGAAUUUCAGACAAUGCAGAGGAAGGAAAGAUGCACCAGAGAGUCAGACAUGCAGACUCUCCCCAGGAAAGUUAUCCAGCAGGAGAGACCUUCGAGGGAAGUGGAGCUUCAGCCAGCACAGAGAAAGCAUGACCGUUCCACCUCCCCUACAUCGUGUUGCGUGUUCAUCCCCUGGAUGCGAAAGGUUGGAACCAAUACAAAUACAGACGUGGAGUUGGUAGCUCCGGGACACAGGCCUAAAUGUCCAGUUCCAAACGUUCCUUCGACACUGGACAAGCAGACGAACUGGUCAAAAGCCCUGCCGCUUCCUACACCAGAUGAAAGGAUAAAGAAUGAUUCUCAUGUCAUCUCAUCCUGCAUCAUCCCUAUCAAUGUUACUGGUGCAGGAUUCGAUCGGGAAGCCAGUGCUCGCUGCUCGUUGGUUCAUUCCCAGUCUGUGUUGCAGCGACGAAGGAAACUUAGGAGGCGGAAAACUAUCACAGGCAUUCCAAGACGAGUACAGCAAGACAUGGAUUCAGAUGAAUCUCCCGUGGCCAGAGAACGAUCUGUGGUAACAACCCAUGGCAACCCACACAUGUCCCUUUACCAGGAGGAGCUGUCACUUAGUGGCCGGACGCUAAACACCAAGGACUCUGGCUGCCAGACUGAUGACUUCCUGAUUGCUGCUCCAUCCCGUAGGCGUAUCCGUGCACAGAGGGGCCAAGGAAUUCCAGGUUCCCUCUCUCAUUCCACUGGUAAUAUAACUUCAUUACCAGAUCGCUCUGAUGCAAACUAUUCUACUGCUUUGGGCACUCGUCUGCGCUCAAGAAGUUUACCCAGAGAAGGAAGUCGAAUCCGGGACAAUGAUCAAGAUGACAGUGAUGAUGAUGAUGAUGAAGAGGAUGAUGAUGAUGAUGAAGAGCUCUCUCCUUAUGAGGCUGAGGACUUUCUGCCAGGUCCAGGACGCAAGAUAAUAAAGGAUGAGGAGGAGAGCACCGAUGACCAAGCCAUGCCAGCGCACCAGCUGGAAAGCCUCAAGCGCCUACAACAUGGCGGUUGUCCUGAAAAUGCUUGGAUUGAGAGGGGUAGGUCACGGCUUCCACGUAACUCUGACAUGGGAAGCUGUGAGAUCUCCUCUAGUUCAGACACCUUCAGCAGCCCCAUUCACUCUGUCUCUACUACAGGUGUGCUUGGCAGCCAAAUUGACCACAAAGAAGACCAUCAAUCUUCAAGUGGAAACUGGAGUGGAAGCAGCUCAACAUGCCCCUCACAGACCUCAGAGACUCUACCACCAGCUGCUUCACCUCCACUGACUGGUUCCUCGCACUGUGAUUCAGAACUGUCCCUCAACACUGGGUCUCAUAUAAUUGACGAUACCACUGGCUUUAUCAUUGACCCCUACCACCUGGACACCUCACAAGGUCAGGGACACAGGUCUAGUUCAUUUACCUCUUCAGCUACAGAUCAGAUGGAUGAUGCAGGCGUUAGUACCGCUAGUGACGGGGAGUGGAACUGCAACCAGGACCAGCAGGAUCAACCCUGUCUACAAGACUUCAGCCCAAAGCGCUCAAGGGAAGAUGAGAGCGGCAUAAGUUGUCCCAGUUAUUCUAGUGGAGAAACAUAUGAGUGCUUUAGUGGGCAGCUGUCAGCUGAAACAUUAGAGAGCGCUACACAUUACACUGUUGACACCGAAUGCUUCUACACCUCCGUGCAAUUGGACUGUGGUCUUAAAGGUAGCAGAAGCUAUUGCAACUAUGCAGCCAUCGACCCUGACUGUGGCCCAAGUGGGAACAUUGCACCUGGCAUGGGUGAAUACCCCCAACCAGAUUACAAAGGAAUGAGUACACUUGGAAGAGGGUGUCUUUCUUUAAGAAAACCAAAGGCUAAGCCACCCCCACCAAAACGUAGCUCUUCUUUAAGGGAAACGAGCAGCAGCGUAUCCACGCAAGAGCCGAAUGAACCAAAGAUUUCUAGUGAGCUGCCUCUGCCUUUGUCUUCCAGGGAGAUGAAGCUGCAGCUGGAGUUGGCUGGUACUGACAGGCACCUUGAGACUGCAGGCCUUUGUGACAAACAGCUUGGCAAUUGGGGUGUAGAGAAUAUCAGAGAAAUGCUAGACUGCUCAUCUCCAUUUAGUUCUUCGGACACACAUUCCUUUAAGGAUGAGGGUGCUGUUCAGUCAGACUAUGCAGACCUUUGGCUUCUCAAUGAUUUGAAAUCUAGUGAUCCGUACAGGUCACUAUCCAACUCCAGCACUGCUACGGGUACAACAGUUAUUGAAUGUAUCAAGUUGCCAGAGAAUCUGGAAACUCAGGCUUGUGGCUCCAGCUCCAGACCCACCUCACCAACACUUUUACCACAAGAAGGUGAUUUUAGACUGGGCUCUCCUGAGAAACUUGCAGCAUUAGCAUCUCCAUCAAGUGGAUAUUCUAGUCAGUCAGAGACACCCACUUCUUCCUUUCCAUCUGCAUUCUUCCCGGCACCACUGUCCCCAACCAGCGGCAAGAGGAAACCCAAGGUGCCAGAAAGAAAAUCAUCACUCUCCUCUCUUCAACAGCAGCAGCUUACCGUUCGAGAUGCAGUCUCUUCCUGCAGGAGAGAUACUGAUUCCCACGCACCACCUAGUCACCUUGACCUAAGUGCUCUUCACACCAAGCCCUUUGCCUACAGAAAUCAGAUACACCUCCUUCACCAGAACAAGCAGAAAGCAGCUGCAGCAGCUGCUGCAUUAGCAGAGGCCCGUGCUGCAGCAUGUGCAGAGGCAUCUAGCUUGGCCAACAUGGCAAUCACUUCGACUGUUGGGCGGUCUAGUUAUCUGCGACCAUUUGAUAAACCGACAGAGGGCAAUCACCGUUCUGAGCUGUCGAGUGCUGAUCAAUCAACUCGACCCAAGUGUCCUACAGUAACAGUUGACACUUCGACUGCUGACAACCGACAUAACAGGAAACCACCAGCCUACAAGCCACCUGCUAGGCAGCACUGUGACUUUCAGUGCCCACCCCCAGAAGCUAUUGUUAUACAACACGAGGGAAUUAAAAUAAGGCAGGAAAGACAUGGCUCAGGAACGUACUGGGCCAUGACAGCAUUUAGAACACAACCACCUGUACAACCAACCAAUGAACAAGAAGACUUCCUAAUACCAAAAGCCCAGGCUUGUGAGUCCCAGGAAGCUCAGCAAGAGGCAGAUUGCAGCAGGUCUACAGAUGAAGAUGAAGCAUCGGUGGCAGAAAGUGUUAAAUGUGAACACAGUCAUGCACCCAGACCACAACCUCAGGCAGAAGCAUCCUUGAAACUGAGCAGCACACUGUCUCCUCCUGCUUACAGCGAUAUACGCAGGAGUGACGUUGUACCAUGCAACAGCCCAGAGCAAGUGCCUGCCAAAAGUUUAGAAGCCUCAUCACACACUUGCACAAUCAGCAAAGAGGAGGUGUACGAGACAUACGUCACAACCAGAAGUGCCUCACAUGAUGGACACGAGGAUGAGUCAACCCCAGACACAGAAGACUACUUCAGCAAAGACUCAACCCCCAGUGACAAUUCAAAUUCUCCUCUGACUGAUGACUCGAAGUUUGAUGACGAUAGCCUAUUCACUUCACCUAAUAAACUACGCACAACUGAAGAUCUGUUUGCAAUGAUCCACAGAUCAAAAAGAAAAGUUCUUGGACGGAAAGACUCAGGGGAUCUCAAUGGGAAAGGUCGUAUUGGAGUUGCUCCUGUCAGUGGUCCAGUCAAUCAUCCGGUGACGUGUCCAAUCGUUGCAAGUGUUCCAGCUUCUGCUUCGGUUUCUCAGAGAGCACCCGGACCUAUUUAUAGGAGUGCCAAAAAAUCCAGCACCUCCAACGAGGAGUUUAAGUUGCUCCUGCUAAAGAAAGGGAGUCGCACAGACACCAGUUACCGCAUGUCUGCAACAGAGAUUCUUAAGAGCCCUAUCAAUCCUAAGUCUCCAGGUGAACUAGAGGCUUCCAAGCAACAAGAAGAACCCCCUUUACCAAUGCAGGAGCUUCCAGCCAGCACAGAGCCACUCCCCAGCACUUAUCCCAAGGCAAAUUCUGAGGGUUUCUCUACAAAAACUCUUACUAUGUCUGCUGCCUCUAGGCAAGGUCGUUCAAGGAUACCGCCUGCAGCCAGCAGCAGCAGGUACAGUACUCGCAGCCGGCUAUACACUGCCCCAAUGCAGGCGAUCUCUGAAGGAGAAACCGAAAACUCUGAUGGAAGUCCACAUGAUGACCGUUCCUCCUAGUGGUAUAAUUCUUUGUUUAAGGGUAUGUGUGGUUUUCUAACCAAUGACAAAACAACAAAUCCCUCAGAAAAAUUUGAAUGAAUGAAAAAAAUGUAAGAAAUGAAAAAAAAAAAAAUUUGUGAUUUAUCAUUUUAAUAUUUUACAAUUAAGUUUAAAAAGUCCUGUUUUUUCAGCUUUUUUGUAUUCCAUGAAUUCAGUGAACUUUUGGUCAGUCAUGAGCUUUUAUUUCCAUCAAAAGCUAUUGAAACUUGUGAAAUUGUGGUACCACAAGUACUACUUUUUUAUAAUGUGGAUGCUUGGUGGAUAUUGAUUAAAAAAAAAAAAGCCUUUCCUUUCA